UAUUUUGAUAACUUCCAGCCACUAACUGCCAAUAGUUCUUGAAUCUCAUGAGCAAAUAGCUGCUUUUUGAUUAAAAAUAUUCAAAUACAGAAACUAAGAACAGCUUAUAGAGUACAAAACAAAACUUUAGAAACUUAGAAAAAGAGAGGUAAAAAGGUACACAAAGAACAAAGCAAAUCUGUGAGUGGAGGUAGCUAGUUAACUUCUUCAAUGAAGAAACAAGGUUGUGAUAUUGAAGCAAUAGGAAUCAACUACACAAUCUAUACACAAAAGAGAGAAAACCCUUUUAAAAUCUUUAGUAAAAACCAUCAUCAGAAGUGUUCUAGAGGAGUUCAAGAUUUACAUGAAGUGAAGGAAUUGGAAAAGGGAAGUAUUCCUAAAGUUAGGCAUGUGCUUAAGGAUGUGAAUUGCAGAGCAAAAGUAGGGGAAAUUCUAGCCAUUGUUGGUCCAAGUGGUGCUGGAAAAUCUUCAUUUCUAGAGAUUUUGGCAGGCAAGAUUGAACCACAAAAUGGAUCUAUUUUUGUGAACCAAAAGCCAGUAGAUAAAGCUAGGUUCAAGAAGUUUUCAGGCUAUGUUACUCAAAAGGACACUCUUUUUCCUCUGUUAACUGUUGAAGAAACCUUGAGUUUUAGUGCAAAGCUAAGGCUAAGACUUCCUGGAACAGAAUUGAGGUCAAGGGUAAAGUCUUUGAUUCAAGAACUUGGCUUAGAACAUGUUUCUGGAUCCAGGAUUGGUGAUGAUCGAAUUCGAGGGAUUUCGGGUGGUGAAAGGAGGAGAGUUUCCAUUGGUGUUGAAUUAAUCCAUGACCCUGGAGUUCUUAUUCUUGAUGAACCAACUUCAGGACUUGAUAGUACUUCAGCUUUGCAAAUCAUUGACAUGCUUAAAACCAUGGCUGUAACUCGUAGUCGAACGAUAAUUCUAAGUAUUCAUCAGCCAUGUUACAGGAUCAUGAAGCUGUUUAAUUCAAUCCUUCUUUUGGCUAAUGGUACAACCUUGCAUCAUGGAACCAUUGAACAGCUUAGUUUAAGGCUUAUGUUAAUGGGGUUGCAGCUUCCCCUUCAUGUUAAUAUCCUGGAAUUCGCUAUCGAAUCGAUUGAUACAAUUCAAAAACAAAACCACACUACUCCUCAAUCAGCACUCAUGAUCAAGAAUUCAGGUAAGUUUACUCUGGAGCAACUUUUUCAACAAUCUAAACUGAUUGAUGAAGACUUGUCUAUGUCUAUCCAUGUUGGUAAUGAUUUCCCAAGUGGUUUUGCCAAUUCAAGAUUGCAAGAGAUUGUAAUUCUCACUGUUAGAUUUUGGAAAAUCAUAUACAGAACAAAGGAGCUUUUUGGUUGUAAGACACUCCAAAUGUUGGUUUCAGGUCUUGUUUUAGGAUCAGUUUUUUACAAUCUUGAAGAUAAUUUAGUUGGAGCACAAGCAAGAGUAGGUCUAUUUGCAUUCAUCUUGACAUAUCUGUUGUCAAGUACAACAGAAGCCUUGCCAAUAUUCUUGCAAGAAAGGGAGAUACUAAUGAAAGAAACUUCUUGUGGGAGCUAUAGAGUUUCCUCCUAUGCAAUAGCAAAUGGCAUUGUUUACUUGCCAUUUCUGCUCAUUCUUGCAUUGCUAUUCUCAGUUCCAUUAUACUGGUUGGUUGGUCUAAAUAAACAGUUUACUGCAUUUAUGCACUUUUUGCUCCUCAUUUGGCUCAUUCUCUACACAGCAAACUCAGUAGUUGUUUGCUGUAGUGCUUUAGUCCCAAACUUCAUUAUUGGAAACUCAUUGGUUUGUGGUAUGAUGGGAUCAUGUGCAUUGUUCUCAGGAUACUUUGUUUCAAAGAAUGAGAUUCCAAAUUAUUGGAUUGUAAUGCAUUAUAUAUCAUUGUUUAAGUAUCCUUUUGAAGGGUUCUUGAUUAAUGAGUUCUCUGGAUCUGGAAAAUGCCUACAAUACAUGUUUGGGAUGUGUUUGGCUAGAGGUGAUCAAGUGCUUAAAGAGGAAGGAUAUGGUGGAGAAGAAAGUAGAAGAAAAAAUUUGCUCAUUAUUGUAUGUUUCAUCUUGCUUUACAGGUUUAUUUCUUAUGUUAUUCUCAGAAUUAGAUGCUCUCAAGGAGGAUUCAAGAACAUCCUCAUUUCAAGAUGAUUCAAAGGGAAAUGAAGUCAAGUGUAUAUACAAGUAACUUUGUGCAAAAUAUACAAGUUUGUAAUAUUGACUGUGUAUUUUGUCAAAGGGACUUGCACUUUGAUUGUUCUUUAAGGGUGAGAGAUGUUAGAUCAA